CCCACCUCGAAGAUCCUGGGACCCCACGUUGCGGGGCUACUCAGCUCCUGCCGGCGCCUGUGAAAGUUUCUCGUAAAACCUGGGGAAGCAUUGAGUCACGUAAUUCGCGGUUGAUCCGACACCGGCCUCCGUCCGGUUUUUUAAUACUCAUCUUAUCCCUUGAUUUGGAUCGCUGCACCCACUGUUUCCCUCGCGUUCUCGUCAUAACAUUUGACACUAGUCAAGGGCCGUCUCUCUUCGUGCCGAUAUUCCAACAAUCGACUCUCGAAUCCCCGACCCCGCUAGUGGGAUACCUGACCCCGCACCGGCCCCCCCGUCACCAAAGAUAUGCCCACUCGCCCCGAGAUCACCUACUUCGGCGCCGGCCCGGCCGCUCUACCGACCGAUGUGCUCGAGACCGCCGCACAAGCGCUGCUCAACUUCAAUGGCACGGGCCUGGGCAUCGCCGAGCACAGCCACCGCUCCGAGCUGGCUACCAACGUGAUCAACGAGGCCAAGGCCGACCUGGCCUCGUACUUGGACAUCCCCUCGGACUACGACAUUAUAUUUAUGCAGGCCGGCGGAACCGGAGAAUUUUCCGCGACCGUGUACAACCUCGUCGGCGCGUGGGUGGUGCGCCAGAAGGCUGCCGUGCUCAAGGAGCUCGGCGUGGCCGACGAGAAGGACGCCGACCAGGACGCCGUUGUCGCCGCCCUCCGCAAGAAGAUCGACGCCGGCGAGCUCAAGCUAGACUACAUCGUCACCGGCGGCUGGUCUCUCAAGGCCUACCAGGAGGCGCAGCGCCUUCUGGGUCCCGAGCUCGUGAACCUCGUGGCGGACGCCCGGACUGCCAACGACGGCAAGUUUGGCAAGAUCCCCGACGAGAGCACCUGGAAGCUGUCCAAGGACGCCGCCAUGGUCUACUACUGCGACAACGAGACGGUCGACGGCGUCGAGUUCCCCACCUUCCCCAAGGUGCUGGCCCCCGGUGCGGACGGGCAAGGACCCAUCGUGGUGGCCGACAUGUCGUCCAACAUCCUGUCGCGCAGGGUGCCGGUGACGAACUACUCGAUCUUCUUCUUCGGCGCCCAGAAGAACCUGGGCUCGACGGGCGUCACCGUCGCCGUGAUCAAGAAGAGCCUCCUGCCCCCGACGACGACCCAGCCGUCGCCGGCGCUGAUGCGGAAACUCGGCCUCCCCAUCCCGCCCAUCAUGCUCUCCUACGAGACAAUUGCGAAGAAUAACAGCUUGUACAACACUCUCAGCAUUUUCGACGUCUAUAUCGCCGGUCAGGUGCUGAAGAAGCUGCUCAGGACCUACCCAGACAAGGUCGGCGGCCAGGAGGCACUGUCCGAAAAGAAGGCACAGCUGAUCUACAGCGCGUUGGAGGCGCACCCGGACGUGUACAAGAUCAUCCCGGACAAGUCCGUCCGGUCGAACAUGAACAUUUGCUUCCGCGUCACAAAGAACGGCACCGUCGACGAAUCCGAAAAGGCCUUCCUCAAGGAGUCUACGGCCCAGGGCCUGACGGGCCUCAAGGGACACCGUAGCGUGGGUGGCAUACGGGCGUCCAACUACAACUCGAUCCCGCUGGCCGGUGCGGAGAAGCUGGCGACGUUCAUCGAGUCGUUCGCCAAGGCCUGAGUCCUCAUUACUGUGUGGUAAAACUUAGGAAACGAACUGUCGAGGGCGAAAAGGAGGUUUAAAGGGCAUCUGGCGGGUCAUGGAGCGUGUGCAUGGGAUGGGAUAUUUCGGCCGGGGUGAAAGGGGGUAGCCGGUUUCUCGGCUCUUCAACGAGACACGAGACUUGUGGAUGUACUACGUACUUCUACGGAGAGAAGUCAUGAUAUCCAGACUGGCAAUUUAAAGUCAUCUUUGUGAUACUUGUUUAAUCCCAGAUGCUUGCUACUUCUCAAUUGUGAGGGUGUCGGUGUCGAGUACACGGAGGGAGCAUUUUAAGCUAUCGGCAUUUCGCAGUUUGGUUGGCGACGGCAAAUACCCCUUGCCUGGCACAUAUACAUUAUCGGCGUCCUUGCACUGCAAAUCCGCACUUCCCUCCUUCCGGCAGAGAAGGCAUCAUGUAGCCACCCCCGAAAAAGUGGUCAAUACCUCAAGACCCAUCAAUCUCAGCCUUGAGCCAGG